UCGUGAGUGGUUCGGAUCGGCGUAAGCCAGCUUUAAACUCGCUGCCUGUAACGAGAAAAUCCGAGCUCGACGGGCUGCCAGGGUAGAGAGGGGAGAGAUCAAGCCCCGUCGGAGGUUGUCACACGUCUCCGUGGAUGCGUAUUGCUUAUUUGGACGUUAAUUGAAUAUCUUGCGGGGUCCGAGGCUCGUGGGACUAGUGGAGGUCUGCCGGGGACGCGCGACGCUGCCCGGCCGCGUUGAGGUGACGUGGAGGGAGGGAGUGGGUGAGUUAUGGACAGGUCCCAGGUUCAUGCGGAGGGGAGGCUGGAGGUGCGAGGGCUGGAGCUGGAGGUGAGGAUGGAGGCGGGCGGCUCCAGCCUGAACGUCGAGGUGCAGGACCCCUACUCCGGAGACUGCUGGAGGGCAGACUUCCAGCCAUCGUACGUUGAAGAUCUGACACAUAAAACCGGAAACUUCAAACAAUUCUCGGUGUUCUGCAGCAUGCUUGAGUCGGCCAUAACGCAGAGCAGCGAGUCGGUGAGCCUUGACCUCCUGACCUAUGCCAACCUGGAGCGAAUGAGGAGCCGUAAAGGCGGGCCGGCCAUGCGGUCAGCGCUGCAUCCCUCCACCGCCGCCACCACCACUCCCAGUGGCGCCGCCAACCCAGCACUCAACUCCAAGCGCUACCUCAUUCUCAUCUACACGGUGGAGUUUGACAGGAUCCACUACCCGCUGGCGCUGGGCUACGCGGGGCGCCCGGAUACCGCCACCCUGCAGAGAGCCGUGCGCCAGCUCAAGGAGGAGCUGUCCCACCUGCGGGGUCACCCGGGCGUCGUGCAGGACCACAAGCACAGGGAGCUGGAGUCUCUCCAGCGCGACAAACGCGAGCUGGAGGCACUCGUUGCCCGGCUGCAGAAGAGAGCGGAGGGUGGCGGCUGCGGUGGUGCGAGCGACGCCGGCGUCGUCGGCGCCACGGCCGCCAAGGAGCUGCGCGUGCUGCGACGCCUCGUGUCGAGCCUCCAGGAGGAGCUGGGCCGCGAGAGAGCCAAGGCCCAGCGCUUGGCCGCCAAGAGGUCGCAGGAAAUCCGCAGGCUCAACGACGAGCUGGAGGAGGCGCGGGCGUCGGAAAGGAGUCUCCGUGCCCGCGUCAAAUGUCUCAGCACCGAGCUGGCGCUGUACAAGAGGGGGAGGGUCACUCCCGUGCUGCCCCCAGCGGAGCGUUCCCGGGGCAGCGAGAGGGCGGCGUCCGGGGGCCCCGGAAGGGCCCGGGGUGAAGUUCGCUCCACGUCCCGCGAGAGGGAGAGAAGGACCGCGUCCAGGGAGGGGCGCCCCCCCGUCCGUGGUCCCCACUUACGGACCCCCUCUCUGUCGCCUGCCGCAGGCCGUGUGCCGGCCUUUGACCCCACGGCGUACGUGCGUGAGCGAGAGCAGCGCAAGAAAGAGGCAGAGCUGCGUGGUUCGAGGCAGCGUCGCCGGGAGCUGCAGGGGACCCCGGGGAGCGGGGGCUCCAGCGGGGGCAGGGGUCGCCCGCGGUCGCGCCCUCCCUCGGGGGGACGAGCGCUCAACGGGCAGAACACACGCAGCUCCUCCCUGGAGAGCGCCCACAGUCGGCGAUCAUCAGCAGGUUCCGGCAGCGACGCUGCCCCCUUUUCCGAGCCUCUCACCUCCGCCACAACCCAUAGACGUGGAGGUAAAGCCGUGAAAAAGAGCUCCUGGGAAAGCCCAGCUGAACCCAAGCGGGGCCGUGCGGAGCGGAGACGGCAGCUGGCCAGCACGCCCACAGCGACCCAACCCGCCGACACAAUGACCUACUACAGCCAAUCGGCCGACCUUUCCGAGAUCGACGCUCGCCUCGACGCUCUGCAGGACUACAUGCGUGCGCUAGAAGCCCACAAGUAGCCCCUCCGUCCCUCCCACCGGUAGCUCCUCCGUCCCUCCCACCGGUAGCCCCUCCAUCCCUCCCACCACGGCCACCUUCGUGGGAGUGUCGCCCAUGGGUAGCACGUCGUCAGUGCUCGCCACUUGGCACCAUCUUUACCAACACCUCCCAAUGCCUAUUAGAGCACGACAACACUCGUCAUGCAGUAUCACAUCAUCAGAGUACCUACCACGCAGUCGUAUCUGCCUCAUCGCCACUACCACGCAGUCGUAUCUCACCAUCAAGUCCCCCGUGUAGCCUUAACAGAUCGUUGGGACAAGUGCUGCGAGCACCUAUGAAGGCUGACACGGCACACGAGGGGGUGAGUGGCCAGCCCUACGCCCGGCCGCCUUUGUCUCCCCAUUGGCGAUAUUUAACCACCGCACCAGUUACUUUAGCCCGAGUUGACACAAGGAAGGUCGAGGACCAGUUCAGAUAUUCAGAUCCGGUGUUGGCUGUGAGCGGGAAUCGAACUCGGGUCGCUGGGUUCAUAGCAGCGCGCUAACCACUCCCGGAGUAUCUCAUCAUCACAGCACCUGCCACGGCUGUGUGAAGCACCACAGCAUUGCACCCUUCUAAAGAUCACCUCCCUCGCUAUGGCAGGGUCAUGUGGCAUGGUUAAGAUGUGUUGGCAUGCCUGCGAUUCGGCACUUUCCAGCCGGGGUUGAUAGGAUAUUGUAAAGACCAAAAUAUCUCAGCGUGGAUUUUAGAGUUUUUCCUUUGUGUGUGCGUUUGUGGGUUUUCUCUAGCGUCUCUUGUUUUUUUUCCUUGUGCAGAAACCCUGAUUUUAAAAGAUUUAUCCAGACAUUCCAAUGCAAAUAAAUCGUCAAAAAGCCUCCCUGCGCAAGCAAUCAAGGAGCGAUGCUCUUCUUGCAGUUAUGACAAUUCCCCAUUCACAUGACAGAGGCGAGUUCAUUAUCUAUCGGAUGAUCGCUGUUAACUUUUCACGCGGCAUUAAUUUUAUUGUGUGAAAGUGUGAUGGGCCGAGCCGAUUUCGGAGCACCGUGCAUAGAGAGCUCCGAUUCCAGCAGGAUCCUUCAGAUGCCAGCAGCAGAUUUUCCUGCGUAGAUGCCUACUCCCGUCAUAGAAGUGUCGAAGCCGAGGACCGCAAAUGGGGUGCCGUGCAAAUCGAUUGAGCAGGCACGCUUGUCUACGAAUUGAUAGGUGAGAUUUAAAACCUGAAUAUGUUGAGCGACUUUAAAAGCCAUCGCUAUUGGAUUACACCGAGCUUGAAGAAACGAACAUAAUCCCCAUUUUCUGUAAUUUCAGAGUUUUGUAAACGGUUAAUGUUUUGACUUAUGCGGUGAUUCUAGAAACUCAACAAUUUUGUCAUUAACACAAACCUUAAAAAUAAAAUAUAUUACAGGUAACGUUGAGGAAAAUGGCCCUUCUAAGCACACAUAUUUAUGCAGAUGGACCGUUACCUCAAAUGUAUACAUUAUAUAUUUGUUAUUUUAAGGCCAUAGUUUUCGUGAUAAACGCGUUACAUUCCUUUUGUUACUGGUGCUCUCGUGCCCAACUGGCGAUGCAGCAGCGUCACCAAACAACUUGUUUCAGAAUUAUUCUACGCUUUGGCGAAAAAAGCCAUUGGCUGCUUCUGAAGCUGGCGUGGUCCUUUACUCGAGUUUUGAAAAAAACGAUAUUGUAAGCAAGUUAAAUGUGCGCCAAUGGCAAUCCGAAUACACACUAAUCCCAGAGUAAUUACACGGGAUCACCAGAACUUGCCUUUUGGUGAUCGGGCUACAGUAACGAGUUCCUCCCCAACAUAGGUGACGGCUUCGCUCGCAAUGCCUCUCGGCACGUUGGUUCUCAAUUUGGGAGCCACUGGCCCAGACCCACGUCCUCGCGUGCCCACGGAUUUUGGGGUUUGAUUUGCAUGUUGCCGCGAUAUUUGUCAUGUACAUACAUAUAUUUUAUUGGCGUCCUGCGUGAUGUGAAUUGCUGAACUUUUUAAAACUCUUGUAUAUUGCCUUGUUUUUGGAUGUCUUCAGAACUUUUCAGAUUUUUUUUUUUACGGUUAAAAUGCCGCGGAUGUUACCUACAGGGUUCACCACGAAGUGAAUACUUCCUGUUGUCCAUAGUCAGAUCAAAAUGUCAUCACGGCGCGUACCAACAAAGCGACCGCGGCAAUCGCCUCCUUCCUUCUGCCAGGUCAUCGAGUUGUCACACACUUGACACUCGAUCUCCCGAGGCCUGCUCACGGUCUCACGACCACCGUCUCCUUGUAGGGCUCUCCCCCUUGCCUUGCGGUUCGCUCGUCCUUCAAGUACCACUCGUACAACCCCGAGAUUGAAUAUUAUUUCUGUAUUUGGACGCUGUAUAAAUAAACAC